AUGAAAAGUGUAAAAUAUAAAAUUCUGCUCCGAUUUCCGGUUUUCAAUUUAAAUCUAAAUUCGCAAUUUUUGAUGUCAAAUGUUAAUUAAUAGUUAGCUAUUCAAGUAGUUCAUACAGUAGCAUUUAAUAAAUUUGCAUAGUUAUUUUACAUCAGGGAAAGGAAACAUGGCUCAAAAUUUUUGUUGGUUAACCGAAAAUGGUGUCUCGAAGCUGAUGAAUGGAGAGGACAUUAAGAAACCAAUUUUCCAAGUUUUAGAUUUCAAAAAAAUAUUGUUGAGAAACCGUCAAGACCACUUUAUCAUAACGCUUUCGGAUUCCACCCAGUUUCACUCGUUCGCCAUCUUAUCGAAUCUGAUUAACAUAAAUCUAGUCAAAUUCUUGGCCAAGAAUUGUUUAAUUCAGGUGGACGAAAUUUUUUCAAAAAUAUUUUGUGGCGAGCGUGUCGUAGUGAUUCUUCAAGUCACCGUGUUGAGACAUUAACAUGAAGCUGGGAAAUCCUGUCCCGUUCAGAAGCCAUUUUCAAGUCAGAUCAGGGUCAAAUUUGGAUGAAACAGGGCCGUUGAAAGUUUCAGAGCCGUGUCGACACAAUGACCGUAAAUAUACCGCAUCAAUUAGAAAUGAAGUUUCUGCCUCGGAUUCGCGACCUUCAACACCAAUUCGUGAUAUUAAUCCGUAUAUUAGCAGCAAUGUACUACUCAGAGCUAGCCGAGUAACUAGCAAGAGCCCUAUCAAUACUUGGUCGAAUUCGAGAAGAAGUGGCAAAUUAUUUAAGAUAGACUUGUUAGAUGACAGUGGAGAAAUUCGUAUGACUGCGUUUAAUCAGCAAGUCGACGAGUUAUAUGAUUUUGUCAAGGUUGGAUGUGUCUACACGUUUCGAAAUUUCGGUGUGAAAGAAGCAAACAAGAAGUUUGUCAUGCUGAAAAAUGACUAUGAAUUGAUUGCCACUCAAAAUACCAAGCUUGCUCGCUGUACGGACCCCAGUAAUAUUCCCGUUGUGUCGUUCGAUUUUAUGAAAAUUGCAAAUAUUGAGCAGGCUGAAAAAGACAAGGUUAUUGAUGUUAUCGGAGUGUGCAAAAAACUUGGUGAUGUGCAGACUUUCACGGCAAAAACUACCGGUAGACAAGUGACAAAGAGGGAUAUCACUUUGGUCGACAAAACCAAACAGAUUAAUCUCACCUUGUGGGGAAAACAAGCUGAAGACUUUCGCGACGACGAUAAUCCAGUAGUUGCUGUCAAACGAGUGAAAGUUUCUGAUUUUAAUGGAAAGAGUAUUUCUUGUACUAUGGCUUCUACAAUCCUGUUGAACCCUGACCUCCCCGAAGCGCAAACCUUAAGGGAAUGGUAUGAUGAUGAUGAUGAUGUUACGACGCAGAUAGGGUCACACUGACGGAUCAACUUAAUAAUUCUGUAAUAAAUUAAUUUUGUUGUGCAUUAAUUAA